AGUCCCGGAUCUUGACUUUGUUGGACCGGCUCGCUGUGACCACUGUCCUGCAUCUGGUGUUGCAUCGCGGUGUACGCUGCGGGCGCUGGUGGCUGUCCCGCAUGGAGACGCUCCGGGUAGGAUAGGAAGAGUCGGCCACCCAAGGCCUCCACCCACCGCCACCCCGCCCCCCACCCCACACCCAUACCCACAAUCAGCCGGCCUUGCAUGGAGGACACACCAUGGCCACGUUUGUGUGCAGGGUGCAGUUCCUAGAUGAUACGGAUCCGUUCAACAGCACCAACUUCCCGGAGCCCAGCAGACCUCCAGUGUACACAUUCAGGGACGAUAUCCCUCUCAUCGAUCAGAUAGCUGGCGUGCACAAGCUGCUGAGAGCCCCGCACAAGCCUGAUGACUGUGCUCUUCAGUUGUCUCAUAAUGGAAGCUAUCUGGACUUGGAGUCGACGCUGGCAGAGCAAAAAGACGAACUGGAGGGAUUUCAAGAGGAAGGAGGGAGAGGCAGAAAACACAACCUCAUACUUCGAACGCAGCUGUCAGUCAGAGUCCACGCUUGCAUCGAAAAACUCUACAACUCUACUGGACGGGAGCUGAGGAGAGCCCUUUUUUCCCUCAAGCAAAUCUUCCAGGAUGACAAGGAUCUGGUGCAUGAGUUUGUGGUGGCCGAGGGACUGACGUGUCUGAUCAAAGUGGGUGCCGAAGCCGACCAGAACUACCAGAAUUACAUCCUUAGAGCUCUGGGACAGAUAAUGUUGUUUGUGGAUGGAAUGAAUGGCCUCAUUGCCCAUAAUGCAACUGUCCAAUGGCUCUACACCCUUGUGGGAACCAAGUUCCGUCUGGUGGUGAAAACGGCCCUGAAGCUCCUGCUGGUGUUCGUGGAGUACGCAGAGUCGAACGCCGCCCUGUUCAUUAAGGCCGUCAACGCUGUGGAUGCCAAAAGAGGCACAAAACUAUGGGGGAACAUCAUGGAGAUCUUGGACGAGAAGGAUGGAGUAGAUACCGAAUUGCUGGUGUAUGCAAUGACACUCGUUAACAAGACUCUGGCCGGUCUGCCUGAUCAAGACUCUUACUACGACAUGGUGGACUGUCUGGAGGAGCAGAGCAUCGAGGCCUUGGCAAAGAGGCACCGAAGCAGGAAGGGUUCUGACCUUGACCUUGUGGAGCAGUUAAACAUCUACGAGGCGACUCUCCGCCAUGAGGACGGUGACGAUGAAACGCAGUUGUCUCCGAGCGGCAGGAAGGAGCGCCGGCGGUCGAGCGCGGGCGGCAGCAACGAGCGGCGCGGCCUGGAGAGACGACGCAGCCGCAGACAUUCUCUCCAAAACAACAGAGGUCACGUCUCGGCGCCGGCGUCGCCCUGCGGCCCUCACGCUCACGGAAGCAGCUACCUGCCGUUCGCUGGCCAGUAUGUUGAAGACAUCAGCGAAAGAGAUGAGGAGGAGGAAGGAGAGGAGGAAGAGGAGGAGGAGGAUGAUGCAGAGGAGGAGGAGGAGGAGGAGGAGGCAGAUGAUGAAAGUCAUCCAGUCACUGAGUCCUCUAGGCAGGACGAGCACAGUGUGACGGAACCAUCUAACACUCUUAGAAAGAUCUGCUGGGCUGAAAGCGUUACUUCCAACGGAGCUCCACAUCAGACUCCAACGUCACCCAGCCAUCGAUUCACUAGUACGGCAACCUGCACACCAGAGUCUAAAACUGACAGACCGGCUUUAGGAGGUUUGCUGAGCUCCUCGUACAGGCAGCAUCAGGAGUCUCUGGCUGCAGAACGCGAGAGGAGGCGCGCGGAACGAGAGGAGCGUCUGCAGAGGAUCGAAAGGGAGGAGAGGGACCGCUACAAUCGAGACUAUGUCGACAAAAGGGAAGAAGCAAGACAAGCCAGAGAAGAAAGGUACAAGGCCGUGGAGAGGCUAGCGGCGGAGGAGUUUGAGCGAGAGCGGCCCAGGGCUCCCGUAAGAGGCCGCACGGAGAUCACGCUGUGUUUGAGUUCCAACCCCGCCGUCCGCUCGGCGUCCCGCUGUUUCACCACUUCGCCCGUCGCCUCACAGCAGGACAAGGCGCCCAGUGCUCAGCAGACGUCAGGAAAUGAGCCCAUCCCCGAGUCAAAACCCGACUCUCCAACGGGAACAAAAAGUCCAGCAUCAGAGUUAACGGGAUCAGAACUUUGUCCCUCAUCUCCUUCGCAACCAAAUAUGGAUGCAAAAGAGCCGCCAGCAGACAUGGAGGAUCUUUCUGACGUUCAAGCGGUUCAGAAUGUAGUUUUAGAGCCAGAGGGGUGUAAGGAGGGGGGAGUGGGGAAUGAAGAGAGGCUGGAAGAAGGGAAGCUUGAGGAGCAAGAAGAGUGUGAGACUGGAAGGGAAGUCGAAGAGCAGGUGGACGUGGUGGAAGGGGCUGACGCAGUGGAAGUAUCUGAUGAAGCCCAGGCAGCUAGUGUAGCGGUGGUCGUGGAUGUGGAGGAUGUGGAAUUAGAGGAGGUUUGUGAGCGGGUUCAGACGAUAGAGAGGGAUGUGGAGGGAAGUAUAGUGCUGAGCGAGAAGGAGAGACAGAACGAGGAAGUGAACGAGAAGGACAACUGCUCGGCGUCCAGCAUCUCAUCCACCAGCAGUACUCUGGAGAGGGAGGAGCGCGAGGAAAAAGUCAAAAAUGACAUUGACGCAGCCCAGUGGAGUCAGCGCAUCGAAGACCAAGAAGAGAAGGACGUCCUCAACAGCCAGCGCUUCAUGCUGGACAUGCUCUACGCUCACACAUCCAACAAGGGGGAGGACAACACAGGAGGAGACAGGGAGAAAGAAACUCAAUGUAAAUGUGAAAAGGACUCAGAGGUGGCUGACCCCUCUGUGGCGACUUUGGCCAGCAGGAUCUCCACGUUGGAGGCUCACAGGCAAGCCAGAGAAGAAAAUGUGAAGAAAACCGAGGUGGGCAGUGUACGGGCAGUGGCGGAGAGAUUCAGUGAUUUGGUCAAAGGUCUGACUUCUCCUGUUGAAGCGGAGUCGUCAAAGGAGCCUCUGAGUGACAAAUCCUCCGGCAUCAUCCCGUCAGCCCAGAAGAAAGAAUCGGACCAAAUCUGGGACCAGCUCAUGGCCACGCCCAGAGAGCUGCGCAUCAAGGAAAUGGAUUUCACGGACCUGCGGGAUGAGGAUGACGUGGAUAUUUUAGAUAUGGACAACGUGAUGGGGUCUGGUGAUCUUGUCCCGCCGCCGCCGCCCCCGCCGCCUCCUCUUCCGUGCAAUGCUGCUCUACCGCCACCCCCGCCCCUGUUUGGGUGCCCCCCGCCUCCUCCCGUCCUUGGCAAAAUGCCCUUCGUGCCCCCUCCGUCCCCUCAGCUGAAUCGGGGGGAAGUUCCUCUUUUUCUCAAGAAGAAGAAGACCAUUCGGCUCUUCUGGAAUGAGGUGCGCCCCAUGGAAUGGCAGUGUAAGAGUCAUAAGUUCUGUAAGGAGUCCCUGUGGUCCAAACUAGAGCCACUUAAACUGGACACAUCCAAGCUGGAGCAGCUGUUUGAGUCCAAAUCCAAGGAGCUCCCUGUUACCAAGAAAGCAGCAGUUGAUGGCAAACGACAAGAAAUCAUAGUCCUGGACUCCAAACGCAGCAACGCCAUAAACAUCGGUCUAACUGUCUUACCGCCUCCUCGUACCAUCAAGACCGCCAUCCUCAACUUUGAUGAGUACGCACUGAACAAAGAAGGCAUUGAGAAAAUCCUGACCAUGAUCCCCACGGAGGAAGAGAAGCAGAGGAUCCAAGAGGCUCAGCUGCUUAAUCCCGAUAUUCCCCUGGGCAGCGCCGAGCAGUUUCUCCUCAUCCUCUCCUCCAUCAGCGAGCUGUCAGCCCGUCUGCAGCUUUGGGCCUUCAAGAUGGACUACGAGCUUAUUGAGAAGGAAGUUGCAGAGCCCCUGCAGGAUCUUAAGGAAGGGAUGGACCAACUCGAGAAAAACACAACCCUCCGCUACAUCUUGACCACACUGUUAGCCAUCGGCAACUUCCUUAAUGGCACUAAUGCCAAAGGCUUCGAGCUGAGUUACCUCGAGAAAGUCCCCGAAGUGAAGGACACGGUCCAUAAGCAGUCCCUGCUGCACCACACCUGCGCCAUCGUGGUGGAGAAGUUUCCAGACAGCUCCGAUCUCUACUCCGAGAUUGGCGCCGUCACCCGCCUUACCAAGGUGGACUUUGACCAGCUUCAAGACAAUCUGGCUCAGAUGGAGCGAAGGUGCAAAGCAUCGUGGGAUCACCUCAAGGUCAUCGCCAAGCACGAGAUGAAACCUGCACUGAAACAAAAAAUGUCCGACUUCCUCAAAGACUGCGCGGAAAGGAUUAUCAUUCUGAAGAUCGUACACAGGAGGAUAAUCAACAGAUUUCACGCCUUCCUGUUGUUUCUGGGCCAUCCGAUAUACGGCGUCCGCGACGUCAGCAUUCAUCGCUUUAGCAAGAUCCUCAGUGAAUUUGCGCUGGAAUACCGCACAACCAGGGAGCGUGUGCUCCAGCAAAAACAGAAGAGGGCCAACCAUCGUGAGAGGAACAAGACCAGAGGAAAAAUGAUCACAGAUAGCGGUAAAUUCGGCGGCGCCCAGCCCGACACGCCCGAGAGCCAGCCUCGGGGCAUCCGGUACGCCGAGGACGCCGCCGAGCACGAGAACAUGAAGGCCGUGCUGAAGGGCGAACGCCGGAGCGGAGAGAGCGAAACGUCCGCGGUGCCGGGCCUCCGCACUCGCACGAGAGCCAGCAGCACCGCAGCACGCGUGCCAUCGUGGCGCGUCGCCAACGACGACGCCGUCAACUGCACGGACGACACGGCCGACGAGAUCAUGGAGCGAAUCGUGCGCUCGGCCACCCAGGGGCCUGGCCCGAGGACGCAACCUCGUGAGAGGCGGCGCUCCAGGGUCAACCGCAAAUCACUGAGAAGGACCCUGAAGAGCGGUUUGACAUCCGAGGAGGUCAGCGUUCUGGGCUUGUCCGGUGGUGCUGACGUGCAGGUGUGAACAGGACUGGAGGACGCACGUUCGUUCACACCUCCUCGCCUGGCCCCAUGGACGACUUGUUUGCGCUUCCCUGAGGAGAUGAAGAAGAAGAAGCUGAGUGCCGCAUUGAGACCACUGAUCUUCGCGACUGGCAGAUCCCUCCUGCACUCCUGCAGCGCUUGACCUCCCCUCUGCUCCCCUCUUUAACACCUAAAGCACCUCUGUGUGUGAUCUCUGGUGGUCAAAGUGAAAGGAACACGUCCAAAGAUGUCUCCUGCGUGUGCACGAUUACUACUGUGCUGCUUUGGCGCUCCAGAAGGUGACCCGCUAAGCGAUCGAUAAAAGCUGAAAUACUUCACAAAAAGAUCAACAGUAGCACAUUGUAUUCGCAUUAAAUCAAGCAGGUUGAGGAGUAGGCUACGACAGAUUGACAGAUAGGUUGCUCAGCAGCAUAUGGCGCACAGCAGGAGCUUCUGUUGUCCCAGCUGUGCAUUUCAGUGCCUUUCCGAGACGCUUAUUUAUUGAAGAAGGUUUUUCAGGGACAUCCAAUCAGAUGAGGGCCGAUCACGAGCUGCGAAUGAUUUCUAAAAGUGUUCGCUCGAUUCACAGUGAAGCUUAUUUAUUAUGGCAACUGUUCCCCCCCACCCCCCACCCCCAUCGCCUUACAUUUCACUUGAACUGUAAGUUGAAAAGUAUACGAAACAGACAUCUUCAACUGGCAUCACUGGAGAUUCAGUGACAACCACGCUUCCUCUCUUUGAAAUGAAUGUGAAAAUCACCAUUUAACUUAUAUUUCUGAACAUCUAUAUUGAAGUGGUGUUAAAAAAAAAAAAAAAAAAAAGGAAGGUAUUUUUCUUUUCUUUUUUUUAAUUGUAGGCCAGUUCAUUUUAUGUGCGAUCAUCCAGAACAUCAUUUAACUUUUUCUUCUCUCUCUCCAAUACUUCUGAGUCCCAGUUUGCUAUUUAGAACGGGAGAGCAUAGCCAUUGAGAAUCAAUCCAUCUGAAAGAAGAAAACACCAGCAGUUUAGUCAACUCUGUUCAGCACCUUAGAUUCCAAACAUCUAACAUCCUGAUGGCAAAGGAGUUUUUUUUUUCCCCCAACCAAGCAGACAGAUGUGUAAAGUCAGUUAGGCCAGUUAUGUAAAAUGUUUUUUCUUGCUCAAUUUGUAGAAUAGUGUAUUAUAGAGUAAAAGCAGUAUUAUAAAUGUAAUUUAAAGGUUUGUUUUAAGAGUCACUUUUGCAAGUUAGGGUUUGAUAUGAAUGCUGGUUCUGUGCUCUGGACACUCGAUGGCAGCUUUGACGUCAUCAUUGCACUUCACAACUCCGCUCCACAAACAAGCAAGGCUUCACAGUGCAGCCAGGAACAAGGUCACUCUUUUGAUUAAAAGG